AUAUGUCACAUUUAUGUCUUUUUAAAUUUAUUCCUUUAUUUUUGUAAUAUUCCAAAAUUUUGUGAUAUUUUAACAUUAAGUUAAGGACUUUAUGAGAGGAAAUAUUAUCCUUGCCCGAUUCUGCUCUUCUUCUCCUUUCUUCCCGCUGCAGCCCAAAAAGAAACCCAGCCACCACCGACGCCUUCCCUUGAGAAAAAUCGGUGAGCAGCCUGAUUUUAUCCUUCUUUUCUGGUCCAAGAACAAGAUUGGAGCCUUGAAAUCUUCCCCCCUGCAGGAAAGCUUCCGGAUCUGCCUUGCUCUGCUCCUCACCGCCGGCUGCUCCUGCUUUGUGGGGGCGAAUUGCUUUGAUUUUUUGCCCCGUGAGUCCCCCUGCACUUGCCGCCUGCCUUCCCCCAACCUGCAGUCCGGUUUUUGCUUGCUAAAUUCUGGAAGCGAAACCGAGGACAGAGAAACCACGGGAAGUGACGAGUUAGAAGGCUAGCCAUUUCGAGAUUGAUAUAGAUUUUAGAUAUAGAUCAUGAUCUUUUAAACUAGAUUUUAAUUGGAGAUUUUAUAAAUUCAUUUAAUGGAUGGUUAGUUUGCAAGAGAUUUGAUCUUGAGAUUGUGAGCUUAAGUGUUGGAUAUAGAAUUAUUUUGAGAUAUCUGAUUUAAUUUAUUGGAUUGUCAAAUGUAAAUUGGAUAAGUUCCGAGCCUUGUGCAUUUGUGGAACCCUCUCACAAGUGUACGGUGUCUGUCGCGCCUCAGAUUUGAGUUCUGGGCGUGACAAUCUUUUUGGACAUGUGGCUUCAGUUUUCUUUCUGAGAUGGCUUCUUUUCUUUUUCCUUUUUCUUUCUUUCUUUCUUUCUUCUUCGGCCCGUUUCUGCUCUUCUUUUUUCCGCUGCAUCCCGACAGCCCCCCCAAGCUUGCCGACCUGCAUGCUUGAAAAAAAUUGGAAGAAAGCUUGAAAUUCCUCAUUCUUUCUUGUUCAAUCACAAGAUUUAGGAG